UCGUGAUGUGGCUUUCGUGCCAUCCCUUCCUCAUUGAGCGCUCUGCAACGUGCGCUGAAUGGCCAAUGUUGCUGGGACAGGGAUGAGGACCGGUUUGUGGCGUCCCAAGGGUAGGGUUAUUGGACGCUCCUUACGUGAAAGCGAGUAAAGGGUGAAGAAUGAUGUCGUUGUUUGUCGUUUUUUGGGAUGCGCGGCCUGUGACGACGGCAGAGAAAUUUCGCAUGCGUUUCUGAGGGAGUAUAUAGGUGAGGUGCAUGCGAUUUCAGCUUUUCAGCCACGCUUCUCCCCGCUGGUGUCAACAAAGGUGUAGGCACCUUCGAUCCACCUCAAAUCACCAACAACUACAACACCGGUCUACAAUGGGUCUCUUUAACAAGAGGAACACGGCUGCGCCUAUCGACACGACUACCGCCACGGGUACUCCCCAGCACCGCGAAAAGAAGGGCAUCUUCGCUAGCAAGGGCCACCAUGGCGGUGCGCGAGCUUGGAACUCACGCCCUACCUUUGGUGCAUGGAUCAAGGCCACUGCUCUUGACAUCGUAACCAUGGCUGUGCUAGGAGCUAUUGGGCUGGGUGUCUACUUCGCUGACCCAGCACCGAGCCGCAGCUUUCCUGUCACCUUCGGCGAUGGAGAAAUUGUCUACCCCGAGUUUGCGUACCCUCUCCGCAACGAGAUCAUCCCUAUCUGGGCAGCUGCUAUGAUGGCCUUCUUCAUCCCUUUCGUCGUUUUCCUCAUCUGCCAGAUCAGGGUCCGCUCGUUCUGGGACGUCAACAACGCUACCAUUGGUCUUUUGUACUCCCUGAUUGUCGCGGCCGUCUUCCAGGUCUUCAUCAAGUGGCUCAUUGGAGGUUUCCGCCCCCACUUCCUCGCUGUCUGCAAGCCCGUGAUCCCCGACAAUCUCGCCUACGACACCGACACCUUCGAGUCCGCUGGUCCCACCGGUGGCAACGUCGCCAAUGGGUUCCGCGCCAUCAUGUUUGACCGCAGCAUCUGCACAGGUGACAAGAAGGAGAUCAACGACGCCCUCGAGUCUAUGCCCUCGGGUCACACCACCGCUGCUUUCGCCGGCUUUGUCUUCCUCUACCUCUACCUCAACGCCAAGCUCAAGGUCUUCGCCAACUACCACCCAGCCAUGUGGAAGUUAGUCGCCAUCUACGCUCCUCUGCUCGGCGCCUGCCUGAUCGGCGGCGCACUCACCAUCGACGAGUACCACAACUGGUACGACGUCUUCGCUGGCGCUUCCAUCGGCACAAUGAUGGCAUUCAGCAGCUACCGCAUGGUCUACGCUUCCGUCUGGGACUUUCGCUUCAACCACGUCCCCGUCCUUCGCCACGCGCCCUUCGUCUACGGCGCAGGACCCAGCACUUUCGACGGCUUCCACGACGCCGUCUGGACGCGCAAGGCGGGCUGGGGCUCACACGACGGCAGCGCCUGGGCCGGUGCGCCCUUUGAUGCUGCAGAUGGUCCCCGCGGCACCAUGGUGCCUCAGGCCGAAGGCCCCAUCGCCGGCCCUGGUGCAGCGCCCGGCCACCAUGUGCAGCGCAAGCCCAUCGGCAACAACCGCAUGAGCCACGAGCAUGGCGCACGGGGCGAGCAGAUGGUCUGAGCGAGGGCUUGCUCAACCGAGCCUCUCUCUACACGGCCAUGGCGAUGAUAAUGAUGCAAGCAGAUUUGCUCUGCUGUGAUGAUGCUCCUCGGCGGUUUCCGGGGAGCGACGAAUUCUCUUUGCUUUAUUUGCACGAUACCACUGUAGCGUUGUAAUUGUAAUCUAGUUAAUGACGAUAUUGAACUACACAGCCUUCCAAU